AAACUUAGGUGAAAGAAACACAAGUUUGUUUCGAUCAGUAAUGGAAGAGUAUUACCAUUUCAUGGAGUUAAGUCCAAGUGCAGUUGAGGACAAGUUUAGUUCAUCCAAUGAUAUUUUAUGGGCUACUGAUGUAGGACUCAAUGAGAUGAAAAAGGUUCAAUUUUCUGCAGAGUGUGGAGGAAUUGACUCACCUUGCCUUGAUUAUGGGUUCCUUUCAAAUGAUCCUUCAGAAGAAGAAGCAAGGUUCCUUCUAUCCACUGAUCAACCGAAGGAUCACCAACAACCAUCAUAUGAACCAUGGGAUAACCUCAGGUUUGACAUGGUUUCUUCACCACUCCAAAUACAAGUGGAGGAUAUCAUGCAGAUUGAUGAAAACUUUUCAACCAAGGUUCCACUUUUUUACCCUGCAAAGAACAAGCAAUUCCCUACUCCUUUAGCCCCAAUUGAGAUCUUGAAGCACUAUGGCAAGGGCUUCAAGAGGUUAUGUGAUGAAGGAAAAAUCCUGCAUCCACUUGAUGAUUCUUCUGCAGUGAUCACUAAUGUUGAUGGGAGGAAGCUUUCAACUGAAGAUGUCAUGAGGGUAGCUGGAACAAAGUUCAUCCAUUCAGCUUCAGAAUCACCUGGUUUGGACCUCUUAGUUACUCACCCUUUUGGUUUUUCUUUCUCUGAACUCUCUAUUGAAGAGAAAGAAGAUGCAGAACUUGCUGAAUCACUCUUGUCUUGUGCUGAGAAAAUUGGCUACCAACAAUAUGAACGCGCUAGCAAAUUGCUUAGUCACUGCAAAUCCUUAACUUCCAAUAGAGGAGGCCCUGUGAAACGUGUUGUUCAUUAUUUUGCUGAAGCUCUUCAGCACAUGAUAGAUAAAGAAACAGGAAGAGUUUCAAUCAAGGAAAUGCAAGAGAUACAAAAACAUGAUCCUGAAGAGUUAACCAAGGAUCUAAACCCCAUUACUCUUUUAUUCUAUGAAAGGCUUCCUUUUUGUCAGAUUAGCAUGUUCACAGGAGUACAAGCUAUCAUAGAGAAUGUAACUGAGGCCAAAAAGAUUCACUUGAUUGAUCUUGAAAUCAGAAAGGGUGCACAGUGGACAACCCUGAUGCAUGCCCUUGAGUCAAGACAUGAUUGUCCACUUGAGCUUCUUAAGAUAACAGCUAUUGGAAGUGGAACCACUUCAAGGCAUGAAAUUGAGGACACUGGUGAGAAAUUGAAGGUUUUUGCAAAAAGCUUGAACAUACCCUUUUCUUUCAAUGUAGUUAUUGUUUCAGACAUGGUGGAUAUUAUUACAGAAGAUGUUUUUGUAAUAGACCCUGAGGAAACAGUUGCAGUUUACUCUCAGUUUGCAAUCAGAUGCAAGAUUCAAGAACCAAACCAGCUUGAAGCUAUCAUGAGAAUGGUUAGAACACUUAAACCUGUUGUGAUGGUGGUGGCUGAAAUUGAAGCUAACCACAACUCAACAUCUUUUGUGAAACGUUUCACUGAGGCUCUUUUCUACUUCAGUGCAUUCUUUGAUUGUCUGGAGGCUUGUAUGAAACAUGAUGAACAGAACAGAAUUAUGAUAGAAACACUGUUGGGUCAUGGAAUCAGGAGCAUUGUGGCUGAGAGAAAGAGUAGAAAUGUUAAGAUUGAUGUGUGGAGGGCAUAUUUCUCACGGUUUGGAAUGGAGGAGACAGAGUUGAGCAGGGUGUCUUUGUAUCAAGCAGAUUUGGUAGCUAAGAGGUUUCCUAGUGGAAGUUGCUGCACAUUUCAUAUGGAUGGGCAUUGCCUUCUUGUUGGGUGGAAGGGAACACCAAUUAGCUCUGUUUCUGUGUGGAAAUUCACUUGAUGCAAUCUAGAGUGAUUCUUGUUAUUAGCUUCCUAAGCAGAUGUUAGAGAACAGUUUGUUCAUUGCCUCAAAGAAUUUUAAUUUCUUAAUAACUAUGUAUUUUUAUAUAGAAA